GGUGGCCUCUCCGGCCGCGGUUGCGCAAGCCUUUGGGCACUUUCUCCUCAACAGGCUUUCCCUUUCCGCAACUCCUUCCCGGGCAGUGAUGGACGGGGGCCCCAGACUAUCAUGGAGCAGUUCAACCCCAGCCUCCGGAACUUCAUCGCCAUGGGGAAGAACUACGAGAAAGCCCUGGCAGGUGUGACCUAUGCUGCGAAGGGUUAUUUCGAUGCCCUUGUGAAGAUGGGCGAGCUAGCCAGUGAGAGCCAGGGCUCCAAGGAACUCGGUGACGUUCUCUUUCAGAUGGCUGAAGUCCACAGGCAGAUUCAAAAUCAGUUGGAAGAAAUGCUCAAGUCUUUCCACAACGAGCUGCUCACGCAGCUGGAGCAGAAGGUGGAGCUGGACUCCAGGUACCUGAGUGCCGCGUUGAAGAAAUACCAGACGGAGCAGAGGAGCAGGGGCGACGCGCUGGACAAGUGUCAGGCCGAGCUGAAGAAGCUGCGCAAGAAGAGCCAAGGCAGCAAGAACCCACAGAAGUACUCGGACAAGGAGCUGCAGUACAUCGACGCCAUCAGCAGCAAGCAGGGCGAGCUGGAGAACUACGUGUCGGACGGCUACAAGACCGCGCUCACCGAGGAGAGGAGACGGUUCUGCUUCCUGGUGGAGAAGCAGUGUGCCGUGGCCAAGAACUCCGCCGCCUACCACUCCAAGGGCAAGGAGCUGCUGGCACAGAAGCUGCCGCUGUGGCAACAGGCCUGCGCAGACCCCAACAAGAUCCCGGACCGCGCGGUGCAGCUGAUGCAGCAGGUGGCCAGCAGCAACGGCUCCGUGCUCCCUAGCGCCCUGUCGGCCUCCAAGUCCAGCCUGGUCAUCUCAGACCCCAUUCCGGGCGCCAAGCCUCUGCCGGUGCCCCCUGAGCUGGCCCCAUUUGUGGGGCGGCUGUCCGCCCAGGAGAGCGCCCCCGUCCUGAACGGCGUCUCGGGCCCCGGCGGCGAGGACUACAGCCCCUGGGCAGACCGCAAGGCCGUGCCGCCCAAGGCCUCGCCGCCGCUGCAGUCCCAGGGCAAGCUGAGCGACUCCUACUCCAACACGCUCCCCGUGCGCAAGAGCGUGGCCCCGAAGAACAGCUACGCGGCCACCGAGAACAAGACCCUGCCUCGCUCCAGCUCCAUGGCGGCCGGCCUGGAGCGCAACGGCCGCAUGCGAGUGAAAGCCAUCUUCUCCCACGCGGCCGGGGACAACAGCACCCUGCUGAGCUUCAAGGAGGGCGACCUCAUCACCCUGCUAGUGCCCGAGGCGCGUGACGGCUGGCACUACGGGGAGAGUGAGAAGACAAAGAUGCGCGGCUGGUUUCCCUUCUCCUACACCCGGGUGCUGGACAGCGAUGGCAGCGACCGGUUGCACAUGAGUCUGCAGCAGGGGAAGAGCAGCAGCACCGGGAACCUUCUGGACAAGGAGGAGCUGGCGCUCCCGCCCCCCGACUACGGCACGUCCUCCCGUGCCUUCCCCUCCCAGACAGCCGGCGCCUUCAAGCAGAGGCCCUACAGCGUGGCCGCGCCUGCUUUCUCCCAGGGUCUGGAGGACUACGGAGCGCGAGCUGUGAGCAGGAAUCCCUUCGCCAAUGUCCAGCUGAAGCCGACAGUGACCAACGACAGGUCCGCCCCCCUCCUCAGCUGACAGCCACAUCCCCACCGCUGCCCACACCCAACCUCUUUUGUAACAACCUGCGUGGUCCCCGUUUAGAGAUUUUUUUUCUUCACCUGCCCGGCUCUGUGCCCACUUGAGUCUGGCCUGGGCUGGACCCCGGCUGUCUGCAGAGGUGGCCCCUGGGCCGUGGCCAAGAAGAGUGGGACCGGCGCUGGGAGCCGCAGUGGGGGCCUUGGGGCCAGCCCCCCAAGCAGCCCCCCACCCGUGCAGGGAGCAGCCCCCGCGUGUCCGGUCAAUAAACAGGCCGUACCACCCGC